AUGGGCGGAGGAUCCGGUGGUGGAUGUGGUGGUGGUGGUGGUGGAGGAGGAGGAGGAGGAGGGGGAUCAGGUGGUAUUAAAGUAAUUGGAGGAGGAUCCAGUGGCGGCAGUUGCGGUGGUGGUGGAUCAGGUGGUGUGAAGAUUAUUGGAGGAGGAUCCAGUGGGGGAUGUGGUGGUGGUGGUGGAGGAGGAGGAGGAGGAGGAGGAUCAGGUGGUAUUAAAGUAAUUGGAGGAGGAUCCAGUGGUGGUAGUUGCGGUGGUGGUGGAUCAGGUGGUGUGAAGAUUAUUGGAGGAGGAUCCAGUGGGGGAUGUGGUGGUGGUGGAGGAGGAGGAGGAGGAGGAGGAUCAGGUGGUAUUAAAGUCAUUGGCGGAGGAUCCAGUGGAGGUAGUUGUGGUGGAGGAGGAUCAGGUGGUGUGAAGAUUAUUGGCGGAGGAUCCAGUGGAGGAGGAUCCAUUUGUGGAGGAGGGGGAAGUGGCGGCCAGAGUUCUGGCUGCUGCAUCGGAGGAGGGUCUGGUGGUGGUGGUGGCUCAGGAGGCCAGUCCAUUAUCGUACCAUGUGGUGGUGGAAGCAGUGGUGGCCAGAGCUCUGGCUGCUGCAUCGGAGGCUCUGGUGGCGGCGGCGGUGGCGGCGGCGGUGGCAGCUCAGGAGGCCAGACUAUUAUAGUACCAUGUGGUGGUGGAAGCAGCGGUGGCCAGAGUUCUGGCUGCUGCAUCGGAGGAGGGUCUGGUGGUGGUGGCGGUGGCUCAGGAGGCCAGUCCAUUAUCGUACCAUGUGGUGGUGGAAGCAGUGGUGGCCAGAGCUCUGGCGGCUGCAUCGGAGGAGGGUCUGGUGGUGGUGGCGGUGGCUCAGGAGGCCAGUCCAUUAUCGUACCAUGUGGUGGUGGAAGCAGUGGUGGCCAGAGCUCUGGCGGCUGCAUCGGAGGAGGGUCUGGUGGUGGUGGCGGUGGCUCAGGUGGGCAGACCAUUAUCGUACCAUGUGGUGGUGGAAGCAGUGGUGGCCAGAGCUCUGGCGGCUGCAUCGGAGGAGGCUCUGGUGGUGGCGGCUCAGGUGGGCAGACCAUAAUCGUAUCAGGAGGUGGCAGUGGUGGCCAAGGUUCCGGGUGCGGAGGAGGAUCCGGUGGGGGCUCAAUGCAAGCCAAGCAGCCCGUCUGCCUCCCGCCAUGCUUAGGUCAAACCAAACAACCCUGCCAGUGGCCACCGAGCCAGAAGUAA